UCACAUUAGAGAAAACCCAGAUAGGAACGAGAAUGCGGCGUUGCAUUCCGACGUUGUUGGCCUUAGCCACGGUGUUGGUGUCGGUGGCGUGCAGCGGUUUCCUCUCUCUGGAACGGGGCAUUCCUCUGAGCCACCGUGUGGAGCUGGAGGCGCUGAGAGCUCGCGACAGAGCCCGCCAUGCUCGAAUCUUGCGAGGUGUGGUUGGUGGCGGCGUCGUCGACUUCUCAGUCCAAGGCACCUCCGAUCCAUACUCCGUUGGGUACGGGCUGUAUUUUACCAAAGUGAAGAUGGGAUCUCCUCCUAGAGAAUUUAAUGUUCAGAUUGAUACUGGAAGUGACAUUUUGUGGGUUAAUUGCAAUACUUGCAGCAAUUGCCCUCAAUCUAGUGGACUAGGGAUUGAGCUCGAUUUCUUUGACACGGUUGGCUCGUCCACAGCUAUGCUGGUUUCCUGCUCAGAUCCAAUAUGCACUUCUGGGGUUCAAGGUGCAGCAGCUGAGUGCUCCCCUCAAGUUAAUCAGUGCAGCUACACCUUUCAGUAUGGAGAUGGAAGUGGGACAUCGGGUUAUUAUGUUUCUGAUGCAAUGUAUUUUGACAUGAUCCUGGGACAGUCUUUGCCGGCUAACUCUUCGGCUACCAUUGUUUUUGGGUGUAGCACCUAUCAGUCUGGAGAUUUGACUAAGACAGAUAAAGCAGUUGAUGGAAUUUUUGGGUUUGGCCCUGGUGCUCUAUCUGUUGUAUCACAAUUGUCAUCACGAGGAAUAACACCCAAAGUUUUCUCUCAUUGCUUAAAAGGAGAUGGCAAUGGAGGAGGCAUCCUUGUUCUUGGUGAGAUUUUGGAGCCAAGUAUUGUUUAUAGUCCACUCGUCCCAUCACAGCCUCAUUACAACUUAAAUCUUCUGAGCAUUGCUGUCAAUGGGCAACUCCUCUCAAUUAAUCCAGCUGUAUUUGCAACAGCUAACAACCGAGGAACUAUAGUUGACUGUGGCACAACAUUGGCAUAUCUUGUUCAAGAAGCUUAUGAUCCUCUUGUCAAUGCUAUAACUACUGCUGUGUCACAAUCUGCCAGACCCAUUAUUUCAAAAGGAAGUCAGUGCUAUCUGGUCUCAGCCAGUGUAGGUGAUAUUUUUCCUCCGGUCAGUUUAAACUUUGCUGACGGAGCAACAAUGGUUUUAAAACCAGAACAGUACCUUAUGCAUAAUGCUUUCCUUGAUGGUGCUCCAAUGUGGUGCAUCGGUUUCCAGAAAGUGCAGGAGGGAGUCACAAUUUUAGGAGAUCUAGUCCUAAAAGAUAAGAUAUUUGUCUAUGAUUUAGCACAUCAACGAAUUGGGUGGACUAACUAUGACUGUUCCAUGUCUGUAAAUGUCUCCGUGACGACAAGCAAGGAUGAGUAUGUCAAUGCCGGGCCGCUGAGUGUCAGCAGCUCAGAGAUAGCCAUUCUCUCCAAGUUACUACCUGUAAGCAUUGUGGCUGUCUCUAUGCACAUAGUAAUCUUCAUGAAGUCCCCAUUUUUGUAAGUUAAAUCCAAUAUUCAAAAGCUCAUUCUUUUUCACCCAACUUUGAGACCUACUUGAGUUGGCCGGUGUUUUAUUUAUUACUGGUAACCCUUCUCAUAUUUGGAUCGGGAGUGGUAGCUUUUUCUAUUCUAUAUUUAUUCUGAAUGGCAUGCGGAUUCAUUGUAAAGGGAGAACUGGCA